CUGGAUAGGCAGUAGUAAUUUCAUGCUUUCUAGGAAGUUGACAAACCAGCUUGAGGAAAGAGUAUUAGGGUUGGCGGCACUUGUAGCGGUCUCGCUGAUAGAUAUAGACUUGAGCCCUGUAGUUUCACUGAUUUCUAAGGAUAGUAGUGUAGGAUUAACAGGGAUUAGAGAGUAUCGACCAUCCAAGAUUUGGCAAAUUUUUCUUGGCACAUUGGUGACUCGGUAUGAGACCUAUUGGGAGCUACGUUCUAACGUAAUCCACAAGCGAGUUGGCCACACAAGCAAGUUGGCCACUUUUCCCGAAAACGCGCUCUAUAUUGAUUCUACACAAUUCAACACGUCAAUAUGCCGCCAAUUCGCAAUAAAAAUUCAAAAAAUUCAGUUGAACAAGAGGGACGAAUCUU